AUAUGAGAAAAAUCACGUGAUAUGAAAGAAGAAUAUUGUAAUGGAAUAGCAAGUGUUUGAAUGAAAUAAAGUUUGAAAUGUGAUAUGGCGUCAUCGGUUGCAUCGAUAUCAUCGUCAAAUGUGCCGUUCGGCCAUGUUUUACGUCAUCAAGAUGACAACAACAUUUUAAAAUUAAAAUUAAAAAAACCAAAACUAUGGAAUUGGGAAUUGAGUACAUCAAAAUCGUCGGCAAAUAUUGACUUUCCGCGCAUUCUACUCUAUGAUAGCAAUAAUAAGUUAUUGGCUGAUGUCAAUAAAGCUGAUUUUGUAAUCAAUGGCAAGGAGAAUGAACCGCAUACAUCAUCAUCGCCAAUUCAUCUUUCGCUAUAUGAUAUCAGUAAAAAAGUUCGCUUACGAAAAUCCUGUUCGUUUAGCGUUUCCAAUUCAACGUUGAAUUCACCGCAAAAUUCUAGCAUCAUCAUUCGUUCUGAUGACAAAUGCAGUUCACUGAAAACUGAUAGUUCAUUAAAAACGAACAGGAAAUGCACACGGUCGCAUAGCAUAACAUCACAAUACACUCUUCAUCACAAUGCCGACGAUGACGAAUCGAUAAAUAACAUUGAAAAAGAUGACAUUGAACUAUUAUCAUCAUCAAAGGAACAAGAUGAAGUGGAAGAAAAUUUACCAGAAGUGCCAAUUUAUAUAUAUAGUGCCAAAGGAUUAGUAAAGAGAGACUUUAAUGCGAAAGAAUUCGAUGCGAUUCGAAAUCGUCAAAAUUCACAGGACAGUGGUAAAAGUUCAAAUCCUAUGGACGACAUUACAUCGCAAAAUAAUUUGGGAACGAUCACAAAACGAAAGAAAACGAAUACUAAAUCCCAAUCACAAUCCAUGCAAUCGUCAACAAUUGAUUUAGAAAGGAAUUCCAUAUCAAAAUGCACAAGCAUGGCUGAAAUACUGGUAAAUGGUAAAGUAUCACGGAAAAAGUCACGUCGAAAAAUUCGACGAACAAAAAGUAUGAAUUCAUCAUUAUCAUUACCAUCCGGUUUACCAUCAUCGUCAUCGUCGUCAAAGUGUCAGAUUAAAUGUAAUCAACGAAAUCUAUCGACAUCGUCAAGCGAUGAAAAUGACACGAAACAAAUGUGCCGAAAACCAGUUUAUCAUAUUGAAAAAAGUGCGGCUGGAGCAAUUGUCGUGCCGGAAGAGAAGAAGACUGUACACCGAAGGAUUCGCAGACGGCCUCAGAGAUCGAAAAGCUCCGACAAAUUAGAUAAAAUCGCAUUACCAAAUAGUAAAUUGCGGGGAGAAAAAUCCGAAAGUGUUCGAAUGUUAAAGUCAUUUUCAACAUGUGAUAUUGUUGAAGAGUUUUCAAGUCGUCGUCACCACCAUCAUCACCAUUCCAACCAAAAUAAAGCCAUAACCAAAACAGACACAUUAAUCUCAAAUGUGCUGUUAUCACAUGAACUGGAUUCCAAUUCAAUGGACAAAACCAAUGACGAAUGCAUCAACGAUAUAAAUGAAAUUACGACACGGGCAUCCGAUGACAACGAAAAUGGUGAAACGUAUAAAAAUUACGAUGGCAACAACAACAACGACGACGACAACAACGGCGACGACAAUGAACAUCUAGUUUCAAUUAAAAUUGAAAAUAAUCAACCAAAUGUGAAAAAUGGUCGUGCAUCUUCAGCAAAUUCAUACAAUAAUGUCAAUAAUGGCAGCAACGAUGCAAAACAAAAGAAAACUCAACUCAAUAGAAAAGUGUCCUUUGUUCAAUUUAAUUGUGAAAAGAGCAACGAUAUCGGCAACGACUGCACCACCAUUCACAGUCCCAAUGACUGGAUCGAUGUGCAGCGAUACAACUUGAAUCAAAAUGAAAAGUGCAUUAAUAAUAACACAAGAGCAGCGAACGGUCGCAAAAAAGUGUUUCAUAGCAAAAUUAAAAAAAGUGCCAGUAUUGCGAAUUUUUAUAAUAAUAACUAUAGAAGCAGCGAUAGUGAUGACGGCAACGAUACUUUCGCAAUAUCGACACAAAUUCGAAAUAAAAAACGUAGAAAAACUCAACGUCCCAAAUCGAGUUCCAGUUCAUAUCAAUACCAUGAUGAUCCAGCUAUAUCGCAUUUACAGAGAAGUUCGGACAAUGUCAUCAAUAAUUCAACAGAUAAGGAGAGUCUGGUGAAAUUUGAAGAAAAUUUAGCAUCAUUUCAAAAUCAAUGGACAUUUGAUAAAUGUGAACGAAAUCGUGUUAAAAUCAUUGACAAUUUAUUUGAGAACGGCGAUGAUGGUGAUUGUAAUCAAAAAAUCAACGAAUCAAGUUUGUGUAACAAUAAAAACGCAUCAACAACAUCAUUAACUGUAACACCCAUCAUAAAUAGCGAUAACAAUUUUUAUGACAAUGUAACAACGACGAAAAAUACCAACAAAAACAAUCACCUAAAUUACCGCUAUCAAAAAGUCUACCAAGAUGGAACCGAUAAAACUGGCUAUUUUACAAACACAUUUUUCAUUAAUACCAUUAAAGAAAAUGAGCAGUGCAGUAACAAAAAUAACAACCACACAAACACCAAUGAAUUAAAAGAGAAAUUAAAAUAUAAGCAAAACCAACAACGGCACGUUAAUAAUAUGGGAUCAAAUGUGUCACGGAACACAGCAAAAGGAUUAUCGGGUCGCCGAGCACAGUCGUCAGGCGACUUAACCAAUGGAAAUGUAAAUAAAUUAAAUGAGCGUGAACAUCAAAUUGCAAUCGAGGCACAAGCAAACGAUCCACAUUUAAUGAAUGAUGAAGACCAAGUCGAUACAACUAUAUGUCCAACGCCAGAUAUUUCACAAUUGAUGAAUAUUAAAAAAACUGAACGUAAUAAAUUCUUUGGUAGCCUUCCGAAUCACUUAGACAUCGAUUCCGAUGAAACAUAUCGAGAAAAAAUUUACAACAAAAGCAAUACGGAUUCACAGAAACGUCCAUUUGAAAAAAACAAAUUGCACAUUGACAGCAUACAAUAUCCAUCGUCAUCGCCCAAAGUGUUAACGUACAAUCAAACGAACCACCGACCAAACGUAAAAUCUUCCACAAGCAAUGGAGUCGAAACCACAAUGCAUUUGAAACUGGCCAUAAAUCGUUCAAAUCUCGAUAUGGGCUGCGAUCAGGGAUACGGUUCGGAGCGUUCACCCGAAGAUGAGCUUCCACCGAUUUUAUCGAUUCCAUAUCAAACAAUCGAUCCGCACUGUCAACAAAAAUCACAAUGGAACAAUGGUAGAGUGAGUGAAGGCGAUUUCAAUUUCAUUACACAAGAUUGUUGUUUUACGGUGCAAGUGAUGAAGAAUGAACGUGGCUUGGGCAUUUCAGUAUACGGUGGAACGGACACAAAUGUAUCAUUUCGUGGAUUGAUCCGUAUUAAGCGUUUAUUCCCUAACCAGGCCGCAUGGAGUACUGGAAUGUUACAGCCAGGAGAUAUUUUACUUGAAGCGAAUGACACCCCAUUAACCGGAUUAACAAAUCAUGAAGCACUGGAGGUACUUCGAACUGCACCAAAUUUGGUUAUGCUAAAAGUGUGUCGACCGCAUGAUGAACAAUUUCGAAAACUAUCACCACCGGCAGAUCCACCACGACCGCCACAAAGAUCGCUACAUACAACAACCACAUUCGAACCUCAAUCCCCAAUUCAAACUUUUACUGAUGGUGAAUUCGAAAUAACAAUGGUUAAACAACAGGGCUCACUUGGUUUUACAUUACGGAAAGAGGAUGAAUCUGUUCUUGGUCAUUAUGUACGAGCAUUGAUAAGAGAUCCGGCUGCAAGCGAUGGUCGAAUUAAACCUGGUGAUAAAAUUGUGGCUGUUAACGACGUUCCAUUAUGUCCAAUGACUCAUGAAGAGGCUGUGAUAUUUUUAAGACGAGCAAAGGAUCGAGUCAAAUUACGAUUAUAUCGUGACAGUUCACAGACACCAAUUGCAUCAAUAUCACCAUCAACGUCAGAACAGUACAUCUCGAAUGCUGGAAAGAAGGCGAGCUUACGGCCAGAGGCAAUGAAUCUGUUAAUUGAUUUGGCACAUAAAAACCGAAAGCAAAGCUGUGACUCGUAUUCAACUGGUUCGUCCGUCAAUGGUUCGUCGAGUUCGGCAUCACCACGGCGUCUACGGCGCAACAACAACAACAAUAACAACAAAGUCAAUUCAAGCGAUAAUACUACCGAAUUGCAAAGUGAAUACGAAAAGUCUGCAGCAAAGAGCUUCAAUUAUAAAAAUCCAACUGCGUACGCGGUGACAAUGCAAUCAUCUUCAGUUUGUUCGGAUUCAGAAACCUCAACAAUAUCUCAGGGUUCGUUUAUUGGUAAAAAAACGAAGCACCCGGCAACACAGUGUAAAGAAAGAGUUAUGAACGAUACAUUUACAGUGGAAAAUCAAUAUAAACAACAAGAACCAAAUCACCACCACCAGCAACAGCAGCAACAGCAGCAACAGCAGCAGCACCAGAGACCACGUGGAGAGGAUUCAGAGUAUUACAAUGAGGAAGAAUUGUGGCGUCUAAUGGAUGUGGAUGAAUCUAUUGGCACGACGGACAGACCUAGUCAUUUAGAUAUUAGUGGAAGCAGUGGCUACACACCAGUCGUAUCCCGAAAACCAAUGUUUCAACUAUCUGCUGCCAAUGGCUAUGAAUUAAACAAUUUAGACAAUGAAGCCUUAGAUGCUCCUGUAUACAAUACGAUGUGUAACAAUCCAAAUUUAAACAAUCAACCGUACCAUCAAGAUGGGAUCAAUAAUGACUUUACCAGUUUACCGUGCGAAACGUUUUUGAUGUCGUCACGCAUAAACAGCAAUCCAACAAACGAUGAAGAUGAAUUUUCAUACAAAAAUCCAAUGUAUCAAUCAGCUCACGUUCAAGUUAAAUCAAAACCAAUCAUUAAUGAUGAUGAAAAUUAUCAUGCUGAAAACUCCGAAGAAGGAUCGAAAAAUUUAUUAAAAUGGAAAGGUGUUAUGUUUGGAAUAGAUGAAGCCGAUCGAACAAUAACAGCCAAUGUACAAACGCCCGAAACGACGACGACAACAUCGUCAGAAAUGGAUUCUAGUUGCGCAACUAUGAUUGAAAUUAAUCCAAUUGCUGCUGAUAAUGCCAAAGACAUAAACUCAUUGGAUAGAAUUGUGUUCGAUGACAAAACCCAUGAGAUAAUCACGGUUGAAUUAAGUCGCGGAUGGAAUAGCCGCCUUGGCUUCAGCCUUCAAAGUAAUCCAAAUUCAAUGCAAACGCAAAUUAGUGCAAUUUACAAUGAUAGUGUAGCAGCUAAAGAUGGUCGACUGAAAGUUGGCGACAAAAUUCUAAUGGUAAACGAUGAAUCCGUAGAGAGAAUGACAACGGCGGAAAUUAUCGAUUUAUUGCGAAUUAUUCGAGGUUCAAUUGUGUUGAUAGUGGCACGGCCACACUUUUAAAUAAUGUUCCAUUUAAAAUGAAACCAAAUACAAUUAGAUGUUUGUUUUCAACAACACACAUGCAACAUACUCAAAUUAAACGGAAGCAAAGGUUCGGAUUCAUGCAAAGGUGAAAAACAAAACUACAAAUUCAAAUCAAAGAUGAAAAAUGAACAAAUAAAUCAUGUAUCCAACCACCCCCCAUUGUGACCAUUCUUGAUAAAUAGCACACUUAGUCUAGCUUCGAUACGUGUUUUGAUUUGAAUUUGUGCAAGUUGAAAAUUCAACUAUACAAAGUCAUAUAAAUAUAUAUAGCGCAGCAAGCACAAGCGAAUUCAACAGACACACACAUACAUAUACAUAGACACACUCUAGUUUUGAUUGCCAAUUACAACUGGUAAAAUGAUAGAUAAAGUGCACCACCCAAAUACUACAAAUGAACAAUGUUUUAAAACAAUUUGCUAAUGCGUGCAAACAAAAACUAAAGAAUAUUCGCUUUAAAGCACUCAGUUUGUUACUUAUGGACGUGCAUAUAUUGCUGAUAUUGUGAUAUAAAUAAAAAUUGAUGAAAAAAAAAAAAUUGUAAAUCAAGUCUAUACAAAGUAGAACACACAACAAUAAUGUUGAAAAUGAAAAUAAUAUUACGUAAUUAUAAUCCACAAUUCUAAUUGGCAUCGGUGAGAUGAGAUAAAUAUAUAUAUAUUCUAAUCUGUGGCCGUCAAUUUUUGGUUUUGUUAAUGCUUUUACAUGUUGACACGUGAGAAAAUCAUAAUUUAUUCAAUCAAAAUUUUUACUAGCGAAAAUUUUAAAGUUGGAAAUUUAACUUUUCGAUGAAUGUUCGAAACGAAAUUGUUUUCAGGUAAAAUAAAUGUAUUUCACAUAGAUGAUAGAUGAAAAAAACAAGUAUUUAUUAUGGGAAAUUUUGUGUUAUGGUGUCUUAAAAAUCCCGAACAUAAGAUUUGCGGAUUAUUAAUUCGAUUUAGAGAUGAUUUGUUAUAGCUGAAACUACCUUACACAUUCACCCACACACCGAGAGAGCAAUACGUGCAAUGUGCAAACAAUGAUCAUUUUGUCAAUUUUUUCUUUUUAAAUUAUACACAUAGAAUAAGUCAUCGAGGGCCAAUUUGAAUCAGUCAGAAAUGAUUUUAUUCCGCAUUAAAUUACCUCGUUCUAGCCGAAAAAUAAAUAAUGCUGUUAUUAUAACUUCACACUCCUAAA